AUGGCCUCCAAGGAUCUGUCCCUGAAGGAGCUGUACGCAGCUCAAUCCGCCUCCAGGGGUCUCAUCAGCCGAGCAGUGGACAACUUCACUAAGCUGGGAAAGGCGCAGCGAACCACAACCGUCACCAGCAGCAGGCUCAGCAACCUACGGGGAUACUGGGAGAAGUUCGUCCAGCAGCACAUGCAGAUCCUCGCGCUGGCAGACAAGGAAGCAACUGCAAAGGAUGAGUACUUUGUCAAAGAUUUAUUUGUCGAAACAUCUUGUAUAUUUGAAGAAGCGUGUGAUUAUUUUAACGAAUACCUCGCGAAAUUAAAGCCUCCGCCGGUCGCGCAGUCGUCGUUUGACGAAACUCACGUUGCUAAUUCGCAAAACGUCGUGAACUCAAUUAAAUUACCGCAAAUUACAAUGCCGACCUUCUCAGGAGACUUCCAUGAGUGGGAGAAUUAUCGUGACUUAUUUCUGGCAUUGGUAGAUCAGAACGUUGCACUAACAGGGGUACAGAGACUUCAUUAUCUAAAAUCCAGUCUUUCGGGCGAAGCCGCCUUAACUCUAAAGAAUAUCGCGGUAACAGAAUCAAAUUACACCACAGCAUGGGAACUCCUGAGAAAAAGGUACGAUAACACGCGUCUAAUAGUCCACUCACAUCUGCGAACGCUCACAGAAAUACCCAAUAUAAACCGCCCAUCUGCCAAGGAAUUGCGCAACCUGCGAGAUAAGGCGAACGAUGUUCGUCAAGCACUAACUAAUUUGGGGAGACCGGUAGCAAGCUGGGACGACCUUUUCAAUUUUCUAAUAAUCUCAAAAUUAGACCGCGCUUCCUUGAAUGAUUGGGAACUUCAAUUGGGGAGCAGCACCGCGCUGCCAUCGUUCGCAGAAUUGGACGAAUUCAUAACCUGCCGGAUACGCGCGUUUGAUGCGGUUGAAUCGAGCAAACAGACGGCGCAGACUGACGAGUCAAAGAUUAAAAAACGAAGUUCAGAUAAACGCACGUCUAUAGUGUCACAUCAGACUGACUCUAGUGCUAUUAAGUGUGCAUUCUGCAAAGCAAGCCACGCCUUAGCAACUUGUAACAAAUUUAAGCAGAAACACGUCAAUGAACGGCGUGCCUUUCUUUUCGAGAAUCAUUUAUGUUUUCGCUGUCUAAAACCGGGGCAUGGUACAGCAAAAUGCCUCUCAAAGUCAGCCUGCGUCGCCUGUCACGGCAAACACCACACGUUGGUGCACUUUAAAAACGUCGACUCCAAUGUCAGCAGCGGUCGAGCUGCUGAAACACAGCAGAAGGCAGCAGAGACUGAUUUACCCUCCACUUCUCAGCAGGAUGAGAAGGAGCUAUCAUCCACGUGCCAUGUAGCUUAUUCUCGCAUUAAUAAAGCACUGCUGCCUUCCGCGUGUGUCAAAAUUACCGCGGACAAUGGCAGAACUAUUCUCGUGCGCGCACUGCUGGAUCAGGGUUCGCAGGUCACGUGUGUGACCGAACGCAUAGCAGACCACUUGAAAUCCAAAAAAUUACCUGUCGCGGUAAAUCUCUCUGGAAUAGGGGGGGUCCGCGCGGGAAGGGUAAAACAUGCGGUCGAACUAGAGAUGUCCUCUUGUAAUCUAAAAGAUAGGGAGGAAGCCAAAAUUAGAUUCUCGGCUCUGGUAUUAAAGAGCCUAACCUCUUACACUCCGAGUUCUUUCGAAUUCGAUUCAAAAUGGAAGCACUUAGUCGACUUACCUCUUGCUGAUCCAAAGCCCAGUGACUUUCAAGGGUUUGACUUACUCAUCGGGGCUAACGAAUACGGCAAAAUUAUGCUGGAUGGGGUGGUAAAAGGUCCUCCCGGCACCCCGAUCGCGCAGCGUACCGUGUUUGGCUGGGUCCUGUCGGGAUCGUGUGGGCCAACACGCGGAGGCUUGCGAUCGGGGCUGCAAGUCCAUCACGUUGAGAUACUCGACGAUCUGCACAAAAAUCUGAAAAAAUUCUGGGAAUUAGAGGAGACUCCAAAGGGGUUAGGAUUAACUCGCGAUCAAUUAGACUGUGAAAACCAUUUCAAAGAGACUCACCGCCGCCGUAUCGACGGACGUUACGAGGUUAGGUUGCCGUUCGCAAAAAACCCCAAGCUCACGGUCGGGGACACUGCAAAUAUUGCGAGGAAAAUCUUUCAGUCAAACGAAGUGCGAGUAAGGAAGAAUCCCGAGGUGUAUAGGGAAUAUCAGACCUUUUUGCAAGAGUAUCUUGAUUUAGGUCACAUGAGUCGAAUCAGGGAAACCGAAUCUUUAAACGAUAAAGUUUUUAUUUCACACUUACCUGUAUUGCGUCAGGAAAGCCAGACCACGAAAUUGCGCGUAGUCUUCAAUGCUUCAAUGAGCUUGUUAUGUCCCACCUUAAGGAUGGUUAUUUCACUAUUACUAUGUUCUGGGUUCUGCCGAUCAAAACGCUAA